UUACAGACUCCGAGCAAGACGAUUGUUAAAAGAAUUGUAAUAUAAAUUUCAAAAUGCGAGAACUAAUAAUUCUGAUACUUGGAUUAAUCGUGUGCAUUCAAUUAUGCAAUGGAGAAGAGAAUAUUACGCACUCGGAUGUUUUAUUGAAUAAACCCGUACCAGUAUGUAAGCCCGCUUGUGAUCUGCAUGCCAACUGCACCACCAAAGGAUGUGUCUGCCACACUGGCUAUGAGAUGGUGCAUAACAAAUGCACUGCAAAGUGUUCUAAAAGUUGUGGACCAUAUGGCAUCUGCAUAAGUCCUGAAAUAUGUGGCUGUUAUACAGGCUAUCGUCCGAAUAAAAAGACUCAUAAGUGUGAAGCCCAUUGUAAUCCACCAUGCGGAGCAAAUGCAUUCUGCUCCGAACCUGAUAUUUGCACUUGUAAUCGGGGAUAUCUCGAUAAGCAUGGCGUUUGCGAACCAGUUUGCACCAAAAAAUGCAAAGAUAAAAGUCACUGUAUAGCACCCGAUACAUGUUCUUGUCCUCUGGGAUUCGAGUGGGACCAGAGCCAUGAAAAAUGCAUUCCAAAGUGUACACCCAAAUGUGGAUUGAACAGCUACUGCCAGAAGCCGAAUAAAUGCAAGUGCCGAUUAGGAUAUAGGCCCAACGAUGGGAUGAGCCUCAGUUGUUACUUUUCCUAUCCUUGGUGGGUUUACUUGAUGGUUGCCGUUCUCGCUCUUACUCUUGUCGGCAGUAUUUCUGUCCUAAUCUACUGCUGCAUAGCUCGCUCUGGCAAUGUCAAUUACUAUCCCAAUUCAGGCUUCUCGGACACCACUCAAAUUAUUCAAUAAAUUGUAAAUAAAUUAAUUAAAUUACAAAUUAUAAAUAAACAUUAAAUAAAUAUUCCAUAUUAUGAAUUGUUGAU